GUAGUAAGGAGAUGGUGGAAGGAAAUAAGGAUCCACAAGAAUGCCAAGUUCUCUAUCAUCUGUGUGUACUUGAUACUCCAGAGGGAAAGAGCAAAGAAAAGGACAAGAAUGGAGUUAAUGCCUCUGAAACUGGUCAACCAUUGUCUUCUGAGGAGGCUCCUGAGGAACAGGUUGUUUUUGAGUUGGAUUCUGUUACCACAAGUGUAAUGGAUAUUGUAAACUCUGGAGACAGUUCAUUUGAAGAAUCUAGAGAGCUGGUUCGAGACGGCAGCUCACCUGGAAUCAUACUGGAAAAAUUCUUGACUGCUCGGGAGAGAAAUAUGGAAAAUCCAAACACCCAAAUUCGGAUUAGGGCAAACUCCUUGUUGGAUACCAGUAAGGUGACUUCAGCUAACACAUCAGCUGACGUGAAAAUAGAAGAACGUUCUUCAAACCUGCUUCACCACAGUCUGAUUUCUUCUGAGAGUGGUGCAAUGCAUGGAGUACAAAUGUUUUUUGUCAAAGCGGAAGACCACUUGACUACAAAUGAGAUGUUUCAGGCACUCCAGCCCAUGGAUCAUCAUCGAGUUACAUGUCAAGAUAAGACCAUUUAUAGGAAUAGAGAUGGCACCUCUUCGGACUCUCAUGUAGUACCCCUGCAGUCCUACAGCAAGCAAUGUAUAUUUUAUCCUGUUAAGGAGGAAGAGAGGGAACAUUUAGUGGAGCCUCCUCGGACAUUCUUGAAUUCGGGGGAACUUGCAGGGACUUCAUCUGGAAUUGAAGAAUGUGAGGAAGUCAGGGUGGGUUCAGUACAAAUGGACAUCCAACAUCUAUACACAACAUCUGAAGAGGGUGAUGUUAGUGCUGAACAGCAAAGAGCUCAAGGCUUUUUAGAAUUCCUUUCGGAGAAUUCAGACACGGAUGAUGCCGAUAAUGUCCACUCUGAACCAGAAGCUGAAACCACGGUGAUGUCCUGUUACCAUGGAAUACAGAGUAAUGGUACAGUACAUCAAAAUGAGAGAUAUGGUCCAAGUGGCAGAAUAAACGUGGGUGCCUCUCCAACAAGGCACACAGAACCAGAGAGGCAGCUCAACUGGAAGCCCAUUAACUACUUCAAUCAGUAUUUUAGUUUGGACGCGUGGAAUGAAAUUGCUGUUUGCACAAGAGAAACAUCAAAACUGCCAAACCUUGUUACAGAAAAAGAGGUUGCACAGUAUGUAGGAAUCCACAUUGCAAUGGGAACUCUGAAGUUUCCAAGCACAAAGCUCUACUGGGAAGAUUGCACACGAGUACCUCUGAUCUCCGAUGCUAUGUCGGCUUCAAGAUUCUGUGAGCUUACUCGUGAAGUGAAGCUGGCCAGUUCUGGUGGAGCUUCUGUGGGGACGAGUAGCGAUCAGCAGUCUGAGGAAAGCAACAGAGACCAGCCAGGACAGAGUAAUGAAGCUCACAGUAAUGAAGAGGCACAUAAUUGCACAAACUUAAAGACAGAUCCUUUGUGGAAGGUAAUGCCGUUGAUAAGAAGAGUUCAAAACGGUUGUCGGGCACUGAAGCGACAUGGAAACUAUGGGGUCGACCAGUACCCCCUUCCUUUUCAAAGACACCCAACCCAUUCAUUACUUCACACGGUUGUAAUAAAUGGUGGAGGGUUGGUUGUGGACUUCAUCUUGAGUGUAGAUGACUCCAACAGAGAAGAUGUAGUUGAGAAAAUGGUCUCUAGAGGUAAGGAGGGAAACGAAGGGAUGGUGUUUCUUUGCAAACCAGAGCUUUCUACACCUUCUAUGCUGGAGCAUCUUUUAGCGGCUGGUGUGCAAAGCGCUGGCAAGGUUGGUGGGGCAAGAGGACAGAUAGGUGAUGAGUUUGUGAGCUCGGAUGGAAAACUCAAGCUGUUCAGAUGUCAUCAUGGCUUUAUUCUUUCAGCAGUGGUAAAGGAAAAACCUCGUUCAACAUCACUUGUCAGUGGCUUCGAGCGAGCAAUUAAGGCUGCAAAUCUUAACCGUGACUUGAGAAGUCUUUAUCGCACACCCUGCACGAACUCGGCAGUCAGUGCUUGGCCGCAGUCUGUUCUCUGGGACUUGAUCGAUCUGGUUUUAGUAAACGCAUGGAUACAGUACAAGCAAGAUUACAGUCAUAUUACAGAUCUGUUAUCACUUAUGGCAUUUCGGUUGGAGGUGGCCAAAGCAUUGAUUCUCUCCAGUGGUGUUGACGCACAAGACUCAUCACCUCCCUGCCCUCCUGCUCCAAAACUACAUGGUCCAGAUACAAACUCAAGACCUUCUCAGGUUCUUGAGACCCCUUUGCCUGAUGUAAAUACACGGUAUGAUGGCUUUGGGCACUGGCCGGAGCAGCUGGCAGAGGGCGAGGAGGCCAGGAGGUGUCGAUUCGGGGGCUGUGAGAGGACAUCACGUGUGCGGUGUCUUAAAUGCUGUGUGUUCCUGUGCAUUUCUCGAAACCACAACUGCUUCCUGAAGUUUCACAGUCAGGGGUCUUCAUGAGGCAGAUAGACUGUGCCCAUUUUAACCUAAACCUUUACUCAUUUAUUUAAAAAGACGGUUAAUCAUUAAGUUAUUGCUCAUCGUGACUCCAUCCUUGAACCAUCCUUGUCUAUUCUUGUCCAGGUUUUGUAGUUGUGCAAAUACUCAAAUUAGCCCAUUUGGAUGUAUAAUGAAUGUUAUAUUUUGAUUUUUAUAUCUUUGUAUGUUGCUACUGAAAAUGUAUUGUCUUUUAAACCUAGCAAACAUUAGAAUGUAUGCCAUGCAUUGUUUGGUUUCUAUUUCCUAAAAGGAAAAGUUGAUUUUAGAAUGUGAUGUUUUCUUUAAUUCCCGACUAUGUUGAUUCCUGCUCAUUGUGCUUUGUAAAGGCAUCUUGAUUUUAUUUGUAUAAAAUAAAAGCUUUUACAUUUUA